AUGAGCGUCCUGGGGAGCCCGGUCCGCGCCUACGACUUUCUGCUCAAGUUCCUGCUGGUGGGCGACAGCGACGUGGGCAAGGGCGAGAUCCUGGCGAGCCUGCAGGACGGCGCGGCCGAGUCCCCCUACGGCCACCCGGCGGGCAUCGACUACAAGACCACCACCAUCCUGCUGGACGGCCGGCGGGUGAAGCUGCAGCUCUGGGACACGUCCGGGCAGGGGAGAUUCUGCACCAUUUUCCGCUCCUACUCGCGGGGCGCACAGGGGGUGAUCCUGGUCUACGACAUCGCAAACCGCUGGUCCUUCGACGGCAUCAACCGCUGGAUUAAGGAGAUCGAUGAGCACGCUCCCGGGGUCCCCAAGAUCCUGGUGGGGAACCGCCUGCACCUGGCCUUCAAGCGGCAGGUGCCCACGGAGCAGGCCCAGGCCUACGCCGAGCGCCUGGGCGUCACCUUCUUCGAGGUCAGCCCGCUGUGCAACUUCAACAUCACCGAGUCCUUCACGGAGCUGGCCAGGAUCGUGCUGCUGCGGCACGGCAUGGACCGGCUCUGGCGGCCGAGCAAGGUGCUGAGCCUGCAGGACCUGUGCUGCCGGGCGGUGGUGUCCUGCACGCCCGUGCACCUGGUGGACAAGCUCCCGCUCCCCCUGGCCCUGAGGAGCCACCUCAAGUCCUUCUCCAUGGCCAACGGCCUCAACGCCAGGGUGAUGCACGGCCUCUCCUACUCGGUCACGGCGGGCGCGCUGCACAAGCGGAGCGGCCUGCGCAAGGGCAAGGCCACGGCCACGCGGCUGCCCCAGAGCCCGCCCCAGCGCUGUGCCCGCAGCAGCUGCAAGGUCUCCUAG